CCGUUAGCCGGGUUAACGGAGCAGAAAUCACCGGGAAGGAGAGAGAAAUGCUCCCGGAGGAGGACGGCAGAGGAGCCCGGUGACCGGACGCUGAGUCUGCCCCGAAAACAGCCGCUUACCGGCGGGAAGAGAAGAGAAGACAAGAGAAGAAGAGGAGAAGAGAAGAAGAGAAGAAGAGAAGAAGAGGAGAAGAGAAGAAGAGAAGAAGAGAAGAAGAGUAGAAGAGCCGAGCCCAGGACGGAAAACACCGAACCAUAACCCGAGCCUCUGCUAACCCGAACCUCUCCGAACCUUCCCGAGCCCUGACCCAGGAUGGGAGCGGAAAGACACACCGUGUUCCUGCUGCUCUGACCAUGCAGUCAUUCCUCACUCAGCCCCGUCGCUAGACAGAACGUGUGUGUGUGUGUUUGUGUGUUUGUGUGUUUGUGUGUGUGUGUGUGUGUGUGUGUGUGUGAGAUCCAGGAUGGGCUUCGGUCGGGAUCUGAGGAAUUCCCACGAGGGUUUACUGAAGCUGCAGGACUGGGAGUUAAAGCUGCUGGAAACGGUAAAGCGCUUCAUGACUCUGCGGGUGAAGAGUGAUAAGGAGUACGCUGCUCUGCUUCUCAGCAUGACCCAACAGAUGGAGAAACAGGAAGCAGCCGACUAUGUCAGCACAGUCAGUAAGUCCUGGUCUCAGGUGAUCCGUCAGACGGAGGUCUUGGGUCGGGUCAUGAGGACUCACGCCGAUGAUCUGAACUCUGGUCCUCUUCAUCGUCUCGCUACGUUGAUCCGAGACAAGCAGCAAGUGAAGAAGAGUUACCAGAGUCUUCAUCAGCAGCUGGAGAGCCACAACCACAAGGUAACCAGGAGCGACCUGGACAAGCUGAAGUCGACGUAUCGUCAGCUGAGCCGCGACGCUAACAACACUAAAGAGAAAUACAGAGAAGCUCUAGCUAAAGGUCGGGAGGCGGAGCGUGCUCACGAGCGUUACGACAAAGCGACGACGAAACUCCACAACCUUCACAACCAGUACGUGUUAGCGGUGUGCGGCGCGCGGACGCAGCAGGACGAACACCGGCGCAGCGCUGCGCCUGUGCUGCUCGACUCCCUCCAGAGGAUGCAGGAGGACAUGACACUCGCCCUGAGGAGUAUUCUGGAGGAGUACUGUGAGAUCAGCAGCCUGCUGACGGAGGAGAUCGUGAAGGUCCAUCAGGAGAUCUCUGCAGCGGUUCAACAGAUCGAUCCUCUAGCAGAGUAUCAGCACUUCAUCGACGCUUAUCGGUCUCCGGAGACUCCGGAGGAAGUGGUGGAGUUCGACACGUCUCUGCUGGAGGAGACGGACAACCUGCCGGCUGACAUCCUGUGGAACACGCUGACGGCCGACAGCCUGCAGGCCAUGUUGUCGUCGGCGACAGAGGAGCUAACGCUUACGCAGCAGAACCUGCGGACGAAGGAGGCGCUCGCCGACGACCUCGACUCCAAAAUCCAGACGAGUCAGCAGAACGCAGAGAGGAAGAGCGACUGCGUCCUGCUGCUCAGUCAGAAACUGUCUCUCCUGGAGCUCCGGCACGCCGUCCAAUCACUACGCGGAUCUGAGGCUCGCCUUUCCUCCCAGAAGGCAUUGCUGGACACCAAGAUGGCCGCCACCUCUGCCUCACCACCCCCACCGCCGCCGCUCCCGGCGCUGGCGUAUGAGGACGACGCACGCUCCGUCGGCUCCACCGAUAAAACGAAGGAGAAGGGCUCGCGCUUCGACACUCUCCGACACUCUCUGGCCGGGAUGAUCCGCUCUCCUAAAGCCAUGCUGGGCUCCUCCACCUCGCAGUUCUUUGACGUGAUCCCGACGUCGGAGCGCCCUCUGGCGGAUCAGGAGUGGUACCACGGCGCCAUCCCCCGAACCGAGGCUCAGGAGUUACUACGGCAACAGGGAGACUUCCUGGUGAGGGAGAGCCACGGCAAGCCGGGCGAGUACGUCCUGUCUGUGUUUUCUGACGAGCAGAGACGACACUUCAUCAUCCAAUACGCUGAUAGUCAGUACCGGUUUGAAGGGACCGGCUUUUCCACCAUCCCCCAGCUCAUCGAGCAUCACUUCUCCACCAAACAGGUCAUCACUAAGAAGUCUGGAGUGGUGCUGCUCAACCCCGUCGUCAAGGAUAAAAAAUGGAUCCUGAACCAUGAGGACGUGACGCUCGGGGAGCUGUUGGGAAAGGGUAACUUCGGCGAGGUGUUCAAAGGGACGCUGCAGCGAGACAAAACGCCAGUCGCCGUCAAGACAUGUAAAGAAGAUUUACCUCCAGAGCUGAAGAUCCGCUUCCUGUCUGAGGCCAGGAUCCUGAAGCAGUACGACCACCCCAACAUCGUGAAGCUGAUUGGUGUUUGCACGCAGAGGCAGCCAAUCUACAUCGUCAUGGAGCUGGUUCCUGGAGGAGACUUCCUGUCCUUUCUGAGGAAGAAAAAGGACGAGCUGAAGACGAAGCAGCUGCUGCGUUUCUCAGUGGAUGCUGCAGCUGGUAUGGCUUACCUGGAGAGCAAGAACUGCAUCCACAGGGACCUGGCAGCCAGGAACUGUCUGGUGGGUGACGGCUCCGUGUUGAAGAUCAGUGAUUUCGGGAUGAGCCGACAGGAAGACGACGGAGUUUAUUCUUCAUCAGGACUCAAACAGAUUCCUAUAAAGUGGACCGCCCCCGAGGCCCUGAACUACGGCCGUUACAGCUCAGAGAGUGACGUGUGGAGCUAUGGGAUCCUCCUAUGGGAGACCUUCAGUUUGGGGGUGUGUCCGUACCCGGGGAUGACCAAUCAGCAGGCUCGAGAGCAGGUGGAGAAAGGUUACAGGAUGGCAUGUCCUCAGCGUUGCCCUGAUGACGUGUACAAAGUGAUGCAGCGCUGCUGGUCGUAUCACGCCGAGGAGAGACCCAAGUUCCACGAGCUGCAGCGCGACCUCGCCGCCAUCAAGAAGAAGUGACAUCAUCAUGGCAUCAUCAGAGGGAGCUCAGCGUCUUUAACACUACAAGUUUUUUAUGUUUGAUGACAUCACACAUGGUCAGCAGGUUGCCAUGACAAUGACGUCUUUCAUAAACAGGAAGUGACUUCGUGUAUCAAACAUUUAAAGUGCAAUUUUCUGUCCAAUCAGCAGCCGGCUGAUUAAUGAUCAGGUGACCAGGUUAGCAAACAGAACACUGUAACAGGAAGUUAGCGUAGCAUGGUGAGUCAGCUGAUCGCCCUCUUUUAUUCAACAUGUAACAUGACAGUCGCCGUGGCAACAGACAUGUUCUCUCACCUGCUGACGUUUCUCACAAAUAUAAAAUCUUUAUUUUAUUUAUUCUGUUUUUAUAUUUCAUGUUUUUAUCAUCUGUCAAUCACUACACUGACCCCGCCCCCAGCUGUCAAUCAUUACACUGACCCCGCCCCCAGCUGUCAAUCAUUACACUGACCCCGCCCCCAGCCGUCAAUCACCACACUGACCCCGCCCCCAGCUGUCAAUCACUACACUGACCCCGCCCCCAGCUGUCAAUCAUUACACUGACCCCGCCCCCAGCUGUCAAUCAUUACACUGACCCCGCCCCCAGCCGUCAAUCACCACACUGACCCCGCCCCCAGCUGUCAAUCACCACACUGACCCCGCCCCCAGCUGUCAAUCAUUACACUGACCCCGCCCCCAGCCGUCAAUCAUUACACUGACCCCGCCCCCAGCCGUCAAUCAUUACACUGACCCCGCCCCCAGCCGUCAAUCAUUACACUGACCCCGCCCCCAGCCGUGAAUCACCACACUGACCCCGCCCCCAGCUGUCAAUCACCACACUGACCCCGCACCCAGCCGUCAAUAACUACACUGACCCAGCUGUCAAUCACUACACUGACCCCGCCCCCAGCCGUCGAUCACUACACUGACCCCGCCCCCAGCCGUCAAUCAUUACACUGACCCCGCCCCAGCCGUGAAUCACCACACUGACCCCGCCCCCAGCUGUCAAUCACCACACUGACCCCGCCCCCAGCCGUCAAUAACUACACUGACCACGCCCCCAGCUGUCAAUCAUUACACUGGCCCCGCCCCAACCACACUAACUCCGCCCCCUCUUUUGUUUAUUUUACAGGAAGUCGUUUUUGACCAAUCAGUGAGCUUGAACAUUUUGUUGUUAAAUUAAAAAAAGAUAAAAAAAUUGGCUCUGCGGCCAUUUUUUAAUUAUUGUUGCUAGGAAACCACUGAAUUAGCUCUGAUUGGCUGUCAUAGAAACUGAAGAUGGCGGCUCUUACAGGUGUAAAUGAAUCCCAGCUCCUGAUUGGUCAACAGCGCCGCCUGCUGACUGAACGUGUAAAUAAAUCAUUAAUCUGUUUUUAUUGAUUAUCAAUAAAUAACCAAU